CAGAAAAUACUUUUAAAUUUUAAAAAAUAUCCUCACCUACCGUCUACCGUCCUCUUCUUUCUUAAACAAUUAUAUUAUUCUCAUUUCUGAAAUCUGAACAAUAGUUAACUGUUCCCACAAUUUUUCAUCAUAUCAUGGCAUCGACUGAUUGGGAAUCUCAUUAAAAGGUGCCUUGUCUAAAAAAAGUAGUAUCUAGUAUAUAUAUAGAUAUAUUGAAGUGCCUCAAAAUCAUUUCAUGGUUGAUGUUACUGAAAAAUGAGAGUAAAAGGAACCUAUCUUCUCUUUUUUCUUUUUCUGAUCUUAGCUGGUUUAUCAUCUCAAGUUUAUAGUAUUUAUAGUGAUUUUUCAAUAUUAGACAGAUCAAAUGAGUUCAUAUCAGAUGAAAGUGUUCUCCAACUUUUCCAAGAAUGGAAACAGAAGCAUGGGAAAGUUUACAAGGAUGAGAAAGAGGAAGAAAUGAGGUUGGAGAAGUUUAGAUGGAAUGUGAAGUAUAUAGUGGAAAAGAACUCAGAAAGGAAGUCAGCUUCAGAACAUUUCGUUGGUCUGACCAAUUUUGCUGAUAUGAGCAAUGAAGAGUUCAGGGAAGUUCAUGGUUCAAAGAUGAAGAUACCCUUUAACAAGAGAAAUAUUAUUCAGAUGAAGAAUGUGGAAGAAAAACCAACUUCAAUCUCUUGCGAUGCUCCUCGUUCGAGGGAUUGGAGGAAACACGGCGCUGUCACUGAGGUCAAGAACCAAGAACGAUGUGGAGCUUGCUGGGCAUUUUCAGCUUGUGGAGCCGUGGAGGGAAUAAAUGCAAUAAUUACUGGUGAACUUAUUAGCCUUUCUGUCCAAGAACUUGUCAACUGUGAUAAUUCAACCAAUACUGGCUGUUAUGGUGGAUAUAUGGACCAUGCUUUUGAGUGGGUGAUCAAUAAUGGCGGCAUUGCUUCAGAACUUGAUUACCCAUACACAUCCUCUCAAGGCGCAUGCAAGAUCACCAAGGUGAACCACAAGGUUGUAACAAUUGAUGGAUACCGAGAUGUUCCACAGGAGGAAACAGCCCUUCUUUGUGCUGUUGCUCAACAACCUGUCAGUGUUGGCAUCGAUGGAACGAGUGUUGAUUUUCAGCUGUAUAGAGGGGGAAUCUAUGAUGGAAGUUGCUCUAGUAGUCCAGAUGACUUGAACCACGGAGUACUAAUAGUAGGAUAUGGUUCCGAAGGAGAAGAUGACUACUGGAUAAUUAAGAACUCAUGGGGAACAUCAUGGGGAGUGGAGGGAUAUGGAUAUAUAAGAAGAAACAGUGAUUUGCCAUAUGGUGUUUGUGCCAUUAAUUCAUUGGCUUCUUAUCCUACGAAGGAAUUAUCUUUUGAACUAUCUCCUUAUCCAUCUCCGGAUGUUCAACCACCUCCACCACCAUUCCCUCUGCCCUCUCCCCCAUCUUCAGCCGUUCCACCACCUUCUCCAUCCCCUUAUCCCCCUCCACCACCUUCUGCAUCAUCUCCCUCUCCGUCCCCUUCACCACCUUCCGAGCCAUCUCCUUAUCCAUCUCCAGCCAUUCCGCCAUCUACUCCACCAUCCUCUCCACCUACUCCACCUCCUUCUGCACCAUUUCCUUAUCCGUCUCCGAUCGUUCCACCACCUCCUCCACCAUCCCCUCCGUUAUCUCCAGACGUUCCACUAUUCCCUCCACCCCCAUCCCCUCAGCCACCUUUUGCACCAUAUCCUUCUCCAUCUCCAACUGUUCCACCAUCUCCUCCACCAUCCCCUCCGUCGCAUCCUCCACCCUCACCUUACCCGUUUCCAGCUGUUCCACCACCUCCUUCACCAUUGCCUCCACUACCUCCUUCACCUUCCCCUCCGCCCCCUCCACCACCUCCACCACCCCCUUCACCCCCUCCACCAUCCCCUCCACCACCUCCUCCGCCAUCCCCUCCUCCCCCUCCACCACCUUAUCCUAAGCCAAGUGAAUGUGGAGACUGGUAUUAUUGUCCUGAAUAUCAAACAUGUUGUUGUGAGUUGUAUUUCUUUGGCAUAUGCUUCCGUCAUCAGUGUUGUCCUUAUGAGAAUGGUGUUUGCUGUCAUGGAUCAGACUAUUGCUGCCCAUCUGAAUUUCCCAUUUGUGAUGUUUAUGAAGGCCUCUGUUUCAAGAGGUUUGAUGAUAUUGUGGGAGUGGCAGCAAAGAAGAGAAGAAUGGCCCACUACAAGUUACCAUGGAGUACAAGCAGUAAAGAAACAAAGGAGAUGGGCCAAACUCUGAAAUGGAAGAGGAAGCAUGUUGCCCCAAUGUUCUGAGUUAAAUAAUUGUUAUCAGGACAUUCGGAAUCUUGAAGAAUAAUUGUAACUCUGGUUCUAACACCAAGAAUUUUGAUGAAUAAAACUUCUUAGCUGAAACCACAAGUACAAUUCCUUAAUGAAUCUUGCUUGUGCAAAAAUAUGAAUUUCUUGAGAUACAGAACUAAAAAGAGGUUAUGUAGCCCGAAAAUUCGACCUGCCACAAGCAUUUGCCAGCAGCUGCACUAUACCUUCUGGUGAAGGUGGUUUUGGCUGUCUUCCAACCAUUUUUCGUUUUAAUACUUGAAAGAAAAUGGUGUCUGCGGUGGAGGAUACAAAAAUUUAUAGAGGUGAAUCGUAAUUGUUUCUGGCUUCGGGCAAAGGAAACAUCUGAGUGAUUAGAUUGCAUGAUGUACAUACAUAUUAUUUUCAGUAUAUAUGAUGGCUAGCAUGAUCUUCAAAUCCAUCAACACUUGGCAUGAGUUUAAGAAGAAGACUAUGUCAUUUGAGUUUUAUGUUGUGUACAUUCUUGAAAAUAUUUGUGGAAUAAUAAACUUGCAUGAUGAUUGCCUAA